UACGCCGCAGCCGCUCUCUGUGCCGCGUGCAGGACACAUUUCGAGCCCCGCUAGUUAGCUUUCCGACACAGAAAAAUGUUUGAAUUUCAUACAGGACCGUAAAGUGUAGCAUGUUGAUCUAACAGACUACUGCCGCCAUGCAGCGAAUUCAGCCUGAGAGCGCACAGACUCCGGAAACCCAAUGAAUAACGAUGUAAAGACUUAAUACUGUUAACCAUGUGGACAAGGUCGCUGAGUACAAGCUACUACAGAUGUUUUGGGUGCAGGAGUGGUGGACCAAAGGUACUUUGGAGGUCCCAUGCUGUCCGUACAUGCAGCGCUCCAGCCUUACCCGCAGGCAGGAUUACACCACUUCAGGCGGUGAACUUAUGGAAGAGGCACUUUGAGGAGAGAGGUGUGACGGAGCCUGAGCUGUCCAGCCAGUACAUCAUUGCUCAUCUUCUCGGAGCUAAAACUAUAGAAAGUCUUGAGCAGGAGAGAUUAACAGAGUUUCUCAGCCGAGAACAAACAGAGCAGAUAUGGAAGCUCUGCACCAGACGUCUCUCCAGGAUGCCCGUGCAGUACGUGAUUGAAGAGUGGGACUUCAGGGACCUGACGCUGAAGAUGAGGCCUCCUGUGUUCAUACCACGACCUGAAACGGAGGAGUUGGUCGAGCUGGUGCUCAAUGAUCUGCAGAUGAAGACUGAGAUGGGCGUGCCUGAUAAGAUGGAGCCUACGUGCCUGGAAGUGGGAUGUGGGUCUGGUGCCAUUUCUCUUAGCCUGCUGAAGAGUCUGCCUCAGCUUAAAGGCGUCGCCCUGGAUCAGAGCCAGGAUGCCGUGGAUUUAACAAGAGAGAACGCACUAAGAUUGGGACUUGAGGAUAGAUUAGAGAUUCAUCACAUCGAUGUCAUGAAGGAUGCAGAAACUCUACUCAGACUCAUUAGGCCAGUUACAACUUUGGUCAGUAACCCUCCGUACCUGUUUUCAGAAGACAUGGCGUCCCUUGAACCUGAAAUUUUAAGAUUUGAAGACCCGGCUGCUUUAGACGGAGGCAAAGAUGGCCUAAAAGUGAUCAAGCAGAUUUUGACCCUGGCUCCUCAGAUUCUGUCCAGUUAUGGUCGUGCUUACUUGGAGGUGGACCCCAGACACCCCCCACUCAUUCGACAGUGGGUGGAGGGGAACGUGGACGGGCUGCAGUUUAAGGAGGCACGGCAUGACAUCACCGGCAGGCCUCGAUUCUGCAUCCUUCAGAAGGAAGAAGUCAAACAAGGACCACAAGCAGGCUCUGGACUGAGAAAUUGAGAUCCUAUUACACUGGCUUUAGCUCUUUAGCUCAGGUCGCCGCUGCCUCAGCUCCCCUACCCCCACUGAACCACCAAGCACGCGCUCACACUGAUCUGAUAACACCCAGCAUUCAUAAUUUGCACAAGCGCGCAUUGUUUUCAUGUCACCGCUGCACUUUUAAUCUAGUAACAGUCGUGAUCACAUCCUGCGUCACAAUAAAAAAUGUGUGCAAGAUGGCACAAAAAAAACGCAGGCUCCAAAGCUGAAGGUAAUUACCGAAGCUUUUCUCGGAACCCUCCCUCUCAGAAGCUCACCCUCCUCCCAGGAAGCAUUCAGUAGUUCUGUGAAUCCGCUGACGAACGGUCCUCCCCUCAGCUUGUCCGCUCGCUGACUCAGAUGCAAGCGGCGUGCAUUGUUGAGCAAAAGCUCACGCAGCAUGGCCUUUACUUCCUCACACAAUCUGCUUCUCUCACAUACUUAGAGUUUAAAGGCCACUAAGUCUUUGUGUUUCAAAGGUGAUUUAAGGGAAAAUAUUUCCUAACAAGUGUCACAAGAGCAGUCGUCAUGCGGGGGUUGGUGAUGGCGAUCGCAAGCCUUAACACAACAGUAACGUUUGGCAUUUCAAACAACACAGAUGAAUAACAAGUGGAUACAAAUGUAAAAGGAUGACACGCCAAGAGUCCAGCUGGUGGUUUUAAUAGAAAAAUGUACACAUGUAAAAGGUACAAAAAGAUGCUGUACUGAGAAAACAAAAAUAAAAUGGCAUAAAAGAUG